AUGCCCCAGGAGGAUCGCCCCCUCCCCCGGGUUUCUGCUGCUCCGCAGCGUCUCCCGGCUCCCACAAAGGGAGUGGGCGGCCCUGGAGGCGGCCGGGCGGAGUGGCCCCCGCCGCCGAGGGAGGAGAAAGGGCUCCAGGAAAGUGGGGGAGGGCAGCUGCAAAACGUGGAGAUGGGGGAGAACAGGGAUAAAAGAGAUAGGGGAGGCCGUCGGGAAGAGUGUGGCAACGAGGCGGGCGGCACUGCCGAACCCCAGCCCGCCUCCCCCCGCGGGGCUCCCCUUGCAGCCCAACACGGCCCCCGCACUGGCUCUGCCCCGGGCGGCGGAGGGCACUCCGUCGGGGCUCCCCCAGCCCUGCGGGGGCGAAAGCCUGCCCCGGGACGUGGCGGGCGGCUGCAGACAAACCCCGCAGGCACUGCAUUGCACUGCGCGGCACGCAGUGCACACCCCCCGCACCCCGAGAGCCCCGCACCCCCGCCGCCGCCCCGCUCUGAGCUCACCUCGGGGCUGGCUCUGCCCCGGCACCCACAGCAGCGAGGCCGCCGCCAGCAGUGCCCGGAGCAGGAGCAGCCGCCGCCCGGUGCUGCCCAUCGCUGCCGCCGGAGGAACCCUGCCCGUCUUACCGACCCAGCCCGCCUUAUAUCCUCCCCCACCGCCCCCGGCCCGCCCCGCCCCGCACCACCGGGGGCUCGCUCACACACACCCCUUUCCCACACACACAGCCCACCUCCUCAUACGGCCAGGGUGCCCCGCGCCCCGCACCGCAAGUGUCCGUCCUCACAAAACCGGCCCCGAAGCACUUGUAGCCCCGGCUGGGCGUUGCGAGAGAUGCGUGGGGUGCGACGAGCCCGAAUCCCGCAAGUAAAAAGUUCUGGUCAGCUGUAG